AUGGCGUCACAAAGCCUCGCAAGCCGGGUGGCUAUCAAGAUUCCGGUGCAGACAUUGCUUUCACCUUUCAGCAAAAGGGGUGUGAAAAUCAUAAAGUCAGAUCCCGCGGCGUCAGUCUCCUCUCAUAAAGGCUGGGCGUUCCCGGACACGGAGCAAGGCAUCUGCAGCGCGAUUCCUCAGGGCGCGACGCAUCUCUGGGCUAACACCAUACUUUUCAAUUCUCACCCGCUUCAAACAUCUUCAAAGCUCACGCCUUUGGUCUCUGAGAUCUAUGUCGUCGGCCAGCCGCCAAGUCUUGUCGAAAACUUUGAUGACAAGGCCUAUCUGAACGAUAAGCUACGGGAGCUGGGGAGAUAUACUCUACCAAGCUCGUGGGUUGUCAGUCCUAAAGAUUUCAGUGAAGUUAUCAAUAAGAUCAAUUCGUAUCCAAUUGUUGGGAAGCCCCAACACAUCCAAACCCUCCUUCAUGAAUCGCCACUGGUCAUGCUCGAGGAGUUUCUCGCCGGUGAGGAGGCAACCAUAACCGUUAUGCCUCCAACCAGGGAUCGUCCCCAGCACUGGAGCAUGCUCCCCGUCACACGCUUCAACCACGCCGAAGGCAUCGCCCCUUACAAUGGUGUCGUCGCCGUGACUGCCAAUUCCCGAGCCAUCUCACCAAACGAGCUCAAAGAUCCCGCUUACGAAAAGGUAAUGCGUGAAUGCGAGAGUGUCGCUGCUCUCAUCGGUGCUACGGCGCCAAUUCGCGUCGACGUCCGCCGGUUCGCAGAGGGAUCGGACUUUGCCUUGUUGGACAUAAAUAUGAAGCCGGUCGACCGGGGCGCCAAGACCAGGCGAGUCUUCACGGCCAUUGCUGCGUCAGCGAUGGGGUGGGAUUACAGCACCUUGCUGCAGAAUAUCCUGAUGGGAACGCAGCCAUUGAAUGUGUUUAGAAACUACAAAAGUCCGUUUUAG